GAGACGAGAAGAAGUGCGUACGACGAGGGGCUUCUGUGAUCCUCCAUCGCAACAGUUCUCUGGCGGUGGGCCUCGUCGCUUGGCUCGCACCUUCAAUCAAUUGGUCGUUCGAUCGAUCGAUCGAGCCCUCGCUCGCCCUCGCUCGCCCUCGCGCCUUCGCCUCGUAUUGAAACAACAAAAACGUGGUGACGAGAAGCAGGGAUUCUCGAGACCUGUGUUUCGGAAAGGGUGGCCGAAAGAAGUUCCAUAGAUACUUUUGCUGGAUGAGGCCAAAAGUGGUAUAUCCUCAAGGAAGAUGACCAGCUACAUGAUCUCACCACCCAAUCGUUCUGCUGCGCGAAUUUCUUCGUCUUCGUCUGGUUGUGUUUUGUUUUGAAGACUGAAAAGAUGAAGAGCUCCGCAGGUUUCAACCGCUGGGUUCGAUGGUGAAAUUAGAUGGAGUCGCUACCUGGCUGGCCUGGAUGAGUAACAACAUCUCGGGAAGUCCGGGCACACGCACAAUCGAGACUCGCUCGAGAGGGACGGGUUACAGCGUGCACCCAUCUUCAUCUUCGGAGAGGAGUAGUAGCGGCAUCAUCCACAUCAUUGCUGGGGAUCGGAUCGCUUUCAUGACGGAGCGAAUAAACCUAAAAGUGCGCGAGAACCCAUUUUCCAGUAGCAGACAAAAGGACCAAGCUUCGGCCUCUACCAGACAAGGCCAUGAUUACUCCCGCAUGCGGUACACAAUGUUGCACCAACGGAGAUGGAGAUGAAGAAGACGCCGAAGAGGAUAUAAUAUUACUUAUCCGAACUCCGUGUACAGAAACGUGGCUCAUCAAUAGGAAGUGGAAUCUAAGCCAAGUCGUUCACCACCUAG